AGAAUAUUAAAAGGUGGGUGAGCGCGCUCAGGAAAGACUCCCGCGGAACCGAGACCUAUAAAUAGCUUAGGGUUUGAGAAAAAAACAAAGUAUCCUUCACUCAUCACCGCCUAGGGUUCAACCACCAAUGGCAUUUUGGGGUAUUGAAGUGAAAGCUGGAAAGCCAAUCACACAUUGUUUUGAUAACGAGAGAGGAAGGCUCCGAAUUUCUCAGGCAACACUGGGAAUUGGCAAUGCUGAAACUAAAAGUUUGGUACAAUGUAAUGUGGGGAACAAGACUCCUGUUUUCCUCUGUGCUUUGUUACCUAACAAGACAGAGUCAUGCCAUUUGGAUUUAGAGUUUGAGGAGGCAGAAGAUGUGGUUUUUUCUGUUCUUGGUCCAAGAACUGUUUAUCUGACUGGUUACUACGUGGGAAAUAGCCGGCGAGCAAAUAUAAACAGUGAUACAGAGUCGUAUGGAGAGGAUAUUGCAGAAUCAGAAGCAAGGGAAUCCUGCCACGAUAGUGAUGAUGACAAGUAUGAUGAUAGUUUUAUCAAUGAUGCUGAACCAGAAACAUUCCCACCUUCACCUGCUUCAAGUAGUGGAGUUCAAGAAGAUGAUGAGGACCUGUCAGACAAUAAGCUUCACAACAACAAUGGCGGCCAUAAAAAGCUUAGGAAGAAGUACCAAGUAAGUGAGUCCGAAGAUGAGGAUAUAUUGCAGGAAAGCGAAGAUGAAGAUAAUUGUCUCUUAUCUGCACUUAAGAAGAAAGAAGAUGUGAAGGCUAAAGCAUCAGAAGAUAAUCACAAGAAUGACAUGCUGAGUGCUGAGGUUCCUCGUAGAAUAGAAAAUGGUGGCACAGUGGAAUCUGAAAAAACAAAACAUGAAAACAGCAUUAAAUCAAAGAAGAAGAGGAAACGGCCUGAGGGUAAUGGUGGUAAACUUCCUGAAGCAGAUACUAGCAGUGAUAGGAAGGACAACAAAGAAGAUAAAGCAAAUUUGGUGGAUGUUGGGUUGGCAAUGAUAAUUGAUAUGAAAGAUGGCCAGUCUGAUACUCUGGAGCCUCCUGCAGAAGAGGAUUCUAAACAUGUUCCAAGAUCGAAGAAAAGAAAACAUUCUGUGGAAGCCAUAUCUGUUGAAAGCCAUGAUACAAACUGUGAUGUCAUUCUUAAAGAGGAUCAACUGAAACAAGAUCCUCUAAAAGCUGGUCACCUGGGUGAGGAUCCAAUCGCAAUUGCAAUAGAUGAAGAAGAUCAAAAACCGACCAUCAAUAAUGGUGUAGAUGGAAAAUCUGACUUCUUAGCUGAUGGUACCCAAUUGGAUAAGAAACUUAAAAAGAAGAAGAAAAAGAAGACCAAAUCCCAGGAGGAGAACUGUAUGGUUAACAUGGAUCUUCCUGUUCUUCAAGAGAAUGAAAUGAAUAGACAAUCCGUGGAUGUUGAGGACAAGAGUCAGAAGGUUGAGUCUACUGUAAUAAGGACCUUAUCUAACGGGUUGAUUAUUGAAGAGCUCGCAGUGGGUGAACCUGAUGGAAAAUUGGCUGUUCCAGGAAAGAAGAUCAAAGUUUAUUAUACUGGCAAGCUAAAGAAGAAUGGGCAGAUUUUUGACGCAAAUAUUGGAAAAUCUCCAUAUAAAUUUCGGCUAGGCGAUAAAGACAUCAUUGAGGGAUGGAACCUUGGUCUUGAUGGCAUGCGUGUGGGUGAUAAAAGAAGGCUCACGGUCCCACCAUCAAUCGGCUAUGGGAGUCAGGGAGCUGGGGAGAAUAUCCCACCAAACUCAUGGUUGGUGUUUGAUAUUGAAUUGAUUGGAGUACGUGGAUAAUUCAGCUUAGCACUAUCAAUUCCUGGAGGGAAGGUCAUCUAUGCAGAACUUUUCUUUUCCUCUUGAAAUUUGUGAGUUGAACUCUCUUUUGACGUUGGCGCUGAGGGAGGAUUUGGACAAAGAAUCUACAGGCACUUUCUUAGAGUCUACAGGCACUUUCUUCAUUACCAGGACGGCGGAGUGAUUGAGGAAAAGCUAAUACUAAAAGGAAAAACUUUUCAUAAAUUUGGGUAAUAUUUUGUUAGCCUGUGUGAGAGAAGGAAAAUGAGACAAGCCAGCCUCCGCCUUUCUAGGUGGGGAUUUUUGCAUACCUGGUUGUGUUCACGAUUCUCUAAUAGAAAAUAUAUGGCGAUAAGCAAUUUCCGUUGUUUUCAGUGAGCGUCCCUGGCUGAAAGGAUCAAACUUUUCGAGAUCGUAUGCAUUGAAGUAUAAGAGAAUUUGAUCUCCGUAUGAUA